UCGAAUGGAGGAUAUUGCCCCCCACUUUCCAGUGAUUUGCGCCACAAAUUUCGUAGGACAAAUACAAUUAUAAAUGAGCCUUUACUUUCCAUUAUUUUCACAGAGAGAUAAAGAGAGAGAGCAAGGAUAUCUGUUGGGCAAUUUCUAAUGAAGAUUGCGAUGAUGAUGAUGUGGGUUUUGCUGUUGUUCGCAGUGAUGAUGUCAUGCUCUUCUGCUUGUUAUACACAUGAAAGAAAUUCUCUUUUGGAUUUCAAAGAGGGCCUCAACUUCACUUUCUCUUAUAACACGCUGCAGUCAUGGAAGGGAUAUAACUGCUGUGCGUGGGAAGGAGUCGCCUGCCACCCAAUCACUGCCCAUGUCAUUUCCCUGGAUCUCAGCCAUUCCUCCCUCAAUGCCUCCUGGAUUACUGAUGAGUAUUCCUCAUGGCCAUUCAUGUCGUGGAAGGAAAUACGUGGGGGACUAUUCCAUCUGCACCAUCUGGAGCACUUGGACCUCACUUAUAAUGCCUUCUUCCCUCCUCUUGCCAUCCCUUUACAAUUACAUAAGCUUAGCAAAUUGAGGUAUUUAAGCCUGUUGGACUCUAAUUUUAUUGGUCAUAUUCCAAGAGAAAUCAGUAACAUGUUCAAUUUAACAUAUCUUGAUUUGUCUUUUAAUUCUUUGAGUGGCACCAUCCCAACAUCUUUGGGUAAGUUGUGGAAGCUCACAGUACUUGACCUAUCUUCUAGCUCAUUGAGUGGCACAAUCCCAACAUCUUUGGGUAAGCUGUCAAAGCUCACAGAACUUAACCUAGGUUCUAACUCUUUGAGUGGCACAAUCCCAACAUCUUUGGGUAAGCUGUCAAAUCUUACGACACUUUACCUAUAUUAUAACUCAUUGAGUGGCACAAUCCCAACAUCUUUGGGUAAGCUGUCAAAUCUUACGACACUUGACCUAGGUUCUAACUCUUUUAGUGGCACAAUCCCAACAUCUUUGGGUAAGCUGUCAAAUCUUACAACACUUGACCUAGGUUCUAACUCUUUUAGUGGCACAAUCCCAACAUCUUUGGGUAAGCUGUCAAAGCUCACAGAACUUAACCUAGGUUCUAACUCUUUGAGUGGCACAAUCCCAACAUCUUUGGGUAAGCUAUCAAAUCUUACGACACUUGACCUAGCUUCUAACUCAUUGAUUGGCACAAUCCCAAAAUCUUUGGGAAAGCUGUCAAAGAUCAAAAGACUUUACCUAGAAUCUAACUCAUUGAGUGGCACAAUCCCAACAUUUUUGGGUAAGUUGUCAAAGCUCACAACACUUAACCUAGGUUCUAACUCUUUGAGUGGCACCUACACACUUUCUUUCUUGGAUCAAAUCCCCAACAUUCAAGAAGUGCUUCUCUCAAGGAAUAAGUUGACUAUAAAAGUUAAUGCAACUUAUAUUCCCAAUUUUCAACUUGAGGCCUUAGGUUUGGGAUCUUGUAAUAUAGUUGGGGAUUUUCCAUCCUUCAUUUCCACUCAAUACUCUUUAGAGUACCUAGACUUAUCUCAAAACUCCCUUGAUGGAAAUAUUCCAAAUUGGCUAUGGGAUUUUAUAUACCUUGAUCAUCUCAACCUAUCUUCUAACCAGUUUGAAGGUAGUUUACCCUUCAAACUGCUUGGAUUUGAACACAAUUCUCAAAGAAGCUCAGUUAUUGAUUUACAUAAUAAUAGGUUACAAGGAAAUACCCCCAUUUCCUUGCAAAAUGUGGAGUUUUUGGAUCUUUCAGAGAAUCUAUUUGAUGGAUCUAUUUCAAUAGGAAUUGGUCAACAUGGACAAGCUCUUAGAUAUCUAUCACUGGCAAACAAUAAUCUUAGUGGUGUUAUCCCACAUUCUAUUUGUGAAUCAAGUUAUUUGGAAGUUUUAGACUUGUCGAAUAAUAGCCUUAGUGGUAAGAUUCCCUCUAGUCUAAACAAAUGCUUUUACUUGUCCAUGUUAAAUCUAGAAAAGAAUGAUUUCAAAGACACAAUUCCAAAUAUAUUUGGUAAUAUGUCUUUUCUAGAAACAUUGAAACUAGGUUUCAAUGAGCUAAGUGGGAACAUCCCACCAUCCCUUGCAAAUUGCAGUGCUUUGGAAAUCCUAGAUAUGAGGAAUAACAAUAUUCAUGGGAGCAUUUCUAGUUGGAUUGAAAGAUUGCAGAGUCUUCAUAUCCUAAUACUAAAAUCUAACAAGCUUGUUGGAAAGAUGCCCUCAGAAUUAUCCAAAUUGCAAAAUCUUCAGAUCUUGGAUAUAUCAAGCAACAAAAUUUCAGGCAUUAUUCCAAGUGGCUUCAUGAACUUGAGUGCACUAGCAAAUCAGACAGAGAACACAGAUUCUCUUGGAAUAGAUAGUUUUUAUUCUGGUGUGGCUUAUAUAGAUCACAUCAUCAUUAGAAACAAAGGACAAGAUAUGGAUUUCAUGAGAAAUUUGAGAUUGGUAAAAUGCCUUGAUUUAUCGAACAAUAAUUUAUCAGGUGAAAUACCUUGGGAUAUUGAAUCCCUCAAAGGAUUGAUAAUUCUCAAUGUUUCAAGAAAUCAUCUCAAUGGCGAGAUUCCAAAAUCCUUGGGUAGCAUGGUGCAGCUACAAUCACUUGAUCUUUCUAAAAAUGAAUUGUCUGGAAUGUUUCUUGUUGAACUGCAAAAUCUCACAUAUUUGAGUUACUUUGAUGUGUCCUAUAAUAACCUUUCAGGAACAAUACCACAAGGAGGACAAAUGAUGACAUUUGAUUCCUCAUCAUUCUCCAGCAAUUUAAAUUUAUGUGGCCUACAAAUUAAUGUAUCAUGCUUUGGAAGUCAUCUUGCUUCUCCCAGUGAAAAUGAUAAAAAUAAAGAAGUGUUGAAGGAGGAUGUGUGGUGGGAUAUUGGAAUGGGAAUCGGCUGUGGAUUGGGGUUUUCACUUUUGAUUUGGGUGUUGUGUUUCUCCAAAUCUUGGAGUGCAAAAUGCUUCAGAAUUAUGGAUGGCAUUAUUGACUCUCUUUUUCAAACAUGCAAAAGAAGAUUGCUUCAGAUAUUAUAAGAAAUUUUCUUAUUUUCAUCUACUGUACAGCUGUAUAAUCAACCAACCAUAUGUCAAUUGUAGUUGUUUGAAUUUGAAGUCAGUUUGGAUGUUAAGAUCACGCACUAACAUUCCCCAGGGCACAUUUUGAGCCUCAAAAAAUGUAGUUUCCUCUUGUUGAAAGUGAAAAAGUCCCAUUAAAAAAAAAUCAAAAAAAUCAUUUCCAUAAAUUCUAUCAGUAGCAGUUCUAUCAUGUUGGUAAUUUCAGAGUUAGAGAGGUACAAAGUCAAGCUAUACAGAUGGUGGGGAAUUUCCAUGGAUGUGCACUCAUACGUUCAUUAAAUGAAGCCCCCAUGAUCCAGAACCAGGGAGCAGAAAAACUGCAAUAUAUUGAAGAGAAAUCUUAUAUUUCACAUUCAGUGGCUUCUCAAAUGAAAAGGAAAGAUGCAGCCUGCUAAACCAUGGAAGCAAGAAUAGGCAUCAACACCGAGUAUCAGUUAUACAUGGAAGAUUUCCCAUCUUUUCCUUUCCAAGAGAUCAAUAGGGACUAUAUUGAUAGAAGUUCACAUUGUUGUUAAGCUUAUGUUCUGAAGAUUUCCCGAAGAUCAGUUGUACAUGGAAGAUUUCCCAUCAUUUUGUUUGUUUACUAUAUAUUUAUUAUUGUAAAUGUCUAAAAUCAGGAAAGAGAAGAACAGAAUGCAUCACCAAUUUUAAUUGAUCAUUAGCUAUGCAAUUGUAAAUGGAUUUUUGUAUUUGGGACUUGUUUUAACAUUUCUAUUUAUUAAAAGAAAUUGGAUUGAAUUUGAGUUCU